AUGGGCUUCCAAACAGUUCUAGUGAGUGUUCUAGCCUUAGGAGUCCUGCAGUCUCAGGGAUUUGACCAUGGACAUCACGGCGGAGAACUUCAACACGAACACCAUGGACACUUUGAACAUCCCAAGGUAGAAGAACACAAGCACGAGCACGAGGAGGAUCAUCACCACGAGAUCAACACGGUGACUGUGACGAAAGAAGUUCCCGUGCCGUACACUGUGGAGGUGGAGAAGAAAGUCCCAUACAAGGUGGAGGUUCCUGUUGACAAGCCUUACCCCGUGGAAGUGCCAAAGCCCUACAACGUCUACGUCGAGAAGAAAGUUCCCUACAAGGUCCAGGAGUAUGUGCCCCAGCCGUACACAGUCUACAAGAAAGUCCCUUAUCCAGUGCACUACCACGUCGACAAACCCUACCCCGUCCACGUGCCUAAGCCUUACAACGUAGUGGUCGAGAAGAAAGUGCCCUACCACGUGGAGAAGAAAGUUCCCUACCCAGUGAAGGUGUACGUCGACAAGCCUUACCCAGUGCAUUAUCCUGUGUACAAGCACGUGCCUUACCCGGUGGAGAAGAAGGUGCCUUACCCAGUAGAAGUGCCGGUGGAAAAGCCUUACCCAGUUUCAGUGCCUAAGCCUUACAACGUCUAUGUGGAGAAGAAAGUUCCUUACACUGUUGAGAAGCAUGUGCCCUACCCCGUCCAUGUACCGGUGUAUCAUCAUGAGAAACACUCCGGACAUCAUGAACAUCACGAGCUCCAAAAUGGGCACCACGAACUGCAACAUGGGCAUCACGAGUUCCAACAUGGACACCACGAGUUCCAACAUGGGCACCAUGAGCUCCAACAUGGACACCACGAGUUCCAACAUGAAACCACCCACGAGGGGAGCCACGGAAUCUUCUAGAUGGAAUUCCAAACUGUAAAUAUAUGUAUAUUGUGUUAUAAGUACAACUCAUGCUUCUAAAGUAUAUUAUUAUUUUUCUUGAGACUUAAACAAGUUCAAAAAAGUAUAUAACAUUCAAAAUAUUAGUAAGGUGUUCACAUAUAAUAGAACCAACGCCCUCAUUAAAAUACCUAUAAAAUUAUAAUUGGGGGUAGUUAAUUCAUGAAUAUUUAGUACAGAAUUAAAUAUACCCAUGAAUGUUUAAACAAAACUGACGCUAUAAACUCACAUACAUACUUAAUUGCACGAACAGUAAAAACGCUUUUGACUUUAUUACUUCGAAUUAAGAUCGAAGAUAAGUCAAAAGUGCGAGGUGGUGUUCCUCGCUUUAUGGGCGUGAUAAAUAAAACAGAAGCCAAUAACAAAACUGAGCCUGAGGCCGGAGCCAGAUUAGACCUUUCAUCACGGAUUAUAAUUAGGAAACCCGCAGCGACGGGCAAUACGUCAAAUGCGCCACAUAAAUUAUGAAUUUAAUAAAAGUAAUGGCCGCUAUAUACUAGGAGUUAAUAACACAUUUUAGUGUGUCAUAAAGGCGCGCAAAGUGGAUUAUUUACUGGUCCCAACGGCGUUGUAUCAGAGUUUGUCGGGGAUAAAUAUUCAUUAGUUCGCCAAUUAAGCUGGCUACUGAGCGAAAUACUGGCUUUUAAUUUGUUUUUACAAGGUUCCGCGUCACUGCGCCCUCCUCUCAAAGGCGGUAUGAGUAAUGGUGUCUUUUAAUGGCGCCUUUCUAAUUAAAAUCGACCUUCGGUAUAAUGCCGAGGUUAAGUAGAGUGAUUUAUCACUUGGCGGUGAAUAAUGUUACAGUAUUUAUAGUUUUAUCUUGAAUCUCGGUCGUAUUGGCAUUACCUAAAAAAUUAAAACUGAUACCAAAGUAUCAGUAUUCAAUACUGAUGCUAAUAUAUGCUUAUGUCUCAGCAAUGGUAAUCAAAUUUUGGUAAUCACUUAUAAUUUCAUGAUAUGAUGGAAAACAUAUAAUACAAUACAAUUGUUUUCCAAAUUAGAUACAUAUGUAACCAAAGCUGCUGAGAGAAAAAAAGAACAUUGU